AUGAAUUUUUUUGGUAUUGCAAAUUACUUUCAAAAAACAACACCAGUAUUACCUAAGUAUAUUAUAAAUCGAAAUGGUGUAAAUGAACUAACAUUGCAUAUCGAUUGUUCAUUAACAGUUGCCGAAUUACGAACACUCUUAACUCAACGAUUAUCUGAUCUAUCAGAAAAUGAACAAUUUCUUCAUUCAAAUGGUGUACCAAUUCAUAUUUUCGACGAACAAGAUACGAUAGUUAGUGAACUUUUGCUCGAAGAUUCAGAUAUUAUUUGUCUUAAAACAAAAUUAACAAGAGAUUUACUUCAAAGCACGAUGUCAAACACAAGUGCUCAUUGUGAUGAGAAAUCCUUGAUGAAGUCUCGUGCAAUAGCACAAACAACUUUACCCGCUAAGAAAACGAUAACAAUUACAAAUGGUUCGGAAAUCAAAUCAAUACUCUUAACAGAUUUACUUUCUCAGACAACUUUAGAAAUAGACAAUAAAAAAGUAUCAUCAAAUGAUAUGAAACUAAUCAUUUUUGGUUUACACGAAAAUAAGUAUGUAAAAAAAUUACAAAUUUCUUCUGGUUGUCAUGAUAUUAUUGAAUUUCUUGUGGAUAUUCUACACGAUAAUACAACACUAACUAGCCUUUGUCUCUCCGGUGAUAUGAAUAAUGCUCAAUGUACGGCAGUCACUCAUGCAUUAAUUGACAAUCAUCAUUUAAAAGAAUUAAGUUUUCGUCGUAGUGAAAUUACAUUUGCCGGAUGUCAAGCUAUUGCUGAAAUGUUGAAAUCUAAUACAACAUUAACGUGUCUCGAUGUUUGUCGAAAUAAACUUUAUGAUGAUGGAAUAAAAAUUAUUUGUGAAGCAUUGAUGGUUAGUCAAACAUUGAAUAAACUUGAUAUUUAUCAGACGAAUAUGUCUUCAAAAGGAAUUCAAUAUGUUGCACGAAUGCUGCAAAUGAAUCGUGGACUUACAGAAAUUGAUAUUGGUGAUAAUAAUAUUGGUGAUAAGGAUAUUACAGUAAUAGCAAAUGCACUUAAAUACAAUUCUACAUUAAGAAAAUUAGCUAUUAAAUGGAAUCAAAUUACAGAAAAAGGUGCAUUGGAACUAGUUGAUACAUUAAAAACUAAUAAAACCGUGACGACUGUUAAACUUCAGUUUAGUAAAAUACCUGAUGAUGUAGCAACACGAAUUACUCAACAAGCUCCACAACUACAAAUUACUGGUCUUGGUGUAUGUUCGAUUUCUUAA